UAAAAACUGCCGUUUGUUGACAUUUAUGUGUGGUUAUUUAUUAUAUGGAUUUUUUUUCAAAAAAAAAGGGAAAAAAACAUAGGAAAAACUACACGUGCUUUGUCUACGCUACGAAUAAGUGAAAAGUGAAUUAUUGUAAUGGAUAAAAUUUUAGAUAUGAUGACACCAACUACAGAGGAAUUAACUAAAAACAACAUAUCACCACAGCAAUGGCAAGAAUUUUCUAUCUUAUUGAAACAACGUACACAGUUCUACAAAGAAGAAAAUGCGAGGCUGGAAGCUAUUUUCAAAAAGCUCAAGUUAUUAAAUGAUGAACUCAAAUUAUUAAACGGUAUAUCAGAUUCAGUAUCAAAACUGAACAGCGUAGUUCAAAAGGCUAUGACAAAAUCAUUAAAUAAUAACUCGGUUACUUUAUCACAUGCUGAGAAACUUAGAAAACACAGCAAUUAUGUAUCAAAGUUAAAAAUUUGUAUAAAAUUCUAUAUGAAUCUUAAUGAAAAGUUAUCAAAGGAAAUAAAGGCCACUAAAUGGGAGAUGGAUCAGUCUAAAACAAAGUUAGGAGGAAUUUUAAAUUUAUCUGUCCAAGACCUUCAACAAAUGGAAGAAAAAGCUAAAAAAUAUGAAAAUGAAUUAUUAAAGUUUGAGAAAAAAUAUCCUUGGUUGAAAGACCCAGAAAUCAACCUUCCAAAUAUAGCGAGAGAAAUUGAUACCUUGCGAAAUUUAAAAGAAGAAAAGAACAAAUUAGUAAAAGAACUAAAUGUGUACCAAGAACUCAAACCUGAUAUCAAAGAGGCCGCUCAACAACUUGCCAAUCUCAAAUUAGAAAAUAAACAUUUGAGCUCUAUGUGUUUAGAUAAUAAGUGUUAAAUUAUAUGAUCUUAUUAUAUUUUUAUAAAAGAAAUAUUGUAUAUUUUUCAAUUUUAUAUGAUCUACAUGUGUUAGUAAUAAAUUUAAUUUUUUAAAUCAUUAUGGAUGUCUGCCAGUUUAUGUUCGUAUGAAAUUAAAAUUUUAAUUACAAAGAGAUAAAAUGUAUUUGUU